UUUUUUAUUUGAAAAUUUUUUGGACAAGCAACUUUUUCAAGCAGCAUUUUUCGCAACAGCGGCUUUUUUGCCAGUGCGAAAAUCGAAAUCGCUAUUUUCAGCCCAACUAAAGGUUUUUUCAACGGAUUUUGAGAAAUUAGAAAAGCGACUUCUCGGAAAACUAGGGUGGAUAUAUCCAGCCCAGUCCACCUCGUGGCGAUGCCACUGGCUCCGGCGUGCCUGAGUGUAGGAGAAACACGGACAGCUAGAACGAGGUAUCGUGGAAGUUGGCAAACGGCGAAAUGGUUGGCAAACGUCCCGCUGCCAGGUGACACACCCCCCUGGAUUCGCGCCGCGGCCGACUGUGAAUCAAAGUCAGUGAAGCCACAUUCAAUGAUCCGUUUGAGUUUCCUUGCCCGUGCGACAUGGAGCAAAUGAAUUCAAGUGAAAAGAUGUUUUCCAGCGAUCCAGGUUUCGUGAAGAUCAAGAAGUCAAGGUUCUGGAUCGGUGUUCUUGCUGUAGUGGUCGUUAUAUUUCUUGUUGGUAUUCUCUCUGGGGUGUUAUCUGCAAAACGGGAGAAGGAACUUGCGGACGAACGUUAUGCAAAUGCUAUGGUCAAGCGAGAUACAGAUAAAACAACAAGACCCCCUUCAAAGGCCCCAUCAAAGGCGCCAACGCAAGGUCCAACCAAUGCUCCUACGAAGCCACCAUGUACCGGUGGACCGUGGUGUAAUGUGCGACUGCCCGGUGACGUCACACCAUACCAUUACAACCUUGCUAUCAAGGCCGAUGUUGAUGGACUGAAGUUCAAUGGGACCCAAACAAUGUUUUUCAAAGUGACGAAAUCGACAAAGUACUUUUUGUUCCAUUACAAAGAAAUGAUGAUAACUGGGUGGCGGAUCUUCACAAAAGGAAGAUCUUCCGAAAUCAAGAUCAAAUCAGGCCUACCAAAGCCUCUGAAUGAGUUUUUUGCGAUCGAAACUGAGGCUGAAAUGCCAAUUGGUGAUUACGAGGCAGAGAUCCAUUUCAUGGCAAACGUUUCAAUUAAAUUGACCGGGUUUUACAAAAGUACUUACAAAAACCAAAUGGGAAAAACAAGAACGCUGCUGACAACGAAAUUUCAGCCAACGGACGCGCGCAAAGCCUAUCCUUGCCUAGACGAGCCAAAUUUGAAAGCCAGUUUUAACGUCACCAUGACCCACCCAUCGCAAUAUAAGGCACUUUCCAAUAUGCCAGUUACUUCAAGAGCCACCACAGGAGGCUGGACGACAACGAGGUUUGGCAAAACCGUGCGAAUGUCCACAUAUCUGAUUGCAUUCAUUGUUUGUGAUUUUGAAUACAAGCAAAAUAUUGCUGGAAUUGGGAAUAAUAUUACUAUGAGCGUUUACAGUAGCCCACCACAAAUUAACAACACAGACUACAGUUUGAUGCUUGGCAAAGAGAUGAUGACGUAUUUAGAAGACUUUUUUGGUGUUGUGUACCCAAUGCCAAAGCUAGAUUUCGUUGCUAUACCAGACUAUGGAUCAGGCGCUACGGAGCACUGGGGGGUCAUCACCUACAGAGAAGCGAGGCUGUUGUACACCAAGGGGAUAUCCUCUGAAGGAAACAAAGAGAAUAUUGCAACCAUUGUUGCCCACGAAUGCGCCCAUUUGUGGUUUGGCAACCUUGUAACGUGUAAAUGGUGGAAUGACCUGUGGGUUCAGGAGGGUAUGGCGAGUUACAUCGAGUACUAUGCAGUUGACAAAGUCCAUCCUGACUGGAAGAUGAUGACACAGUUCUUUAUUUAUGAUUGGAGGAGCGGCAUGUCCCUUGAUGCUCUUGCGUCGUCACAUGCCAUCUCACUGCCCGUGUCUCAUCCUAAGCAGAUAAAAGAAAUCUUCGACUCAAUCACAUACAGAAAGGGAUCGUCCAUUAUAAGAAUGCUGGAUCAUUUUUUGGGGGUCAAGAAGUUCAGAGAAGGUCUAAAGGAGUAUUUGACGAAUCAUCAGUUCGCUGGUGCCACAAGUGAUGACCUAUGGAAGGCAUUCGAUAAGGUGACAGGUCAAGACAUUUUCGGUAUGAUGAAAACCUGGACACUACAAAUGGGUCAUCCCCUGAUUAAUAUAACAAUUGACCCGAAAGAUAGAACAAAGGCAAUCGCAACACAACAACAUUUCCUGCUUGAUCCAAAGGCCAAAGUAACAGUGAAAUCUCCAUACAACUACAAAUGGGUCGUCCCUCUGUCGUACGUCACCCAAGAUAAACCUCACGAUGCAAAGACAAUCAUCAUGAACAUGACAUCAGGAACUCUCAGCGGUGUAUCUGAGUCAAAAUGGAUCAAAGCAAACUACAAAUCGACUGGAUUUUUCCGAGUUACAUACAGCGACGCAAACUGGAAGCUUUUGGUUGACCAACUCAACACAAAUCAUUCGGUAUUCGAUCCGCUGGACCGUGCAGGAAUUAUCGAUGACGCAUUCAAUUUGGCCAGGGCAGGCAAGCUGAGUUACCAGAUCGCUCUCAGCACAACCCAGUAUCUUGAUAAAGAAACGGACUACGCUGUUUGGCGGACAGCAAUAAGCAAUUUGAACUACAUGAACAAAGUCCUGAGCGCCCGACCAGACUACAACGUGUUUAGGAAAUACAUGAUUCAGAAAAUCAGGCCCAUGGUGAAAGCAGUUGGUUGGAAUGAGACAGAGAAGCAUCUCAAUCAGUACAAACAAUCUCUUUUUCUAUCUACUGCUUGCAAUUACGGAGACGAAGAAACAUUGGCUGAGGCCCAAAAGAUUUUCAGUGAUUGGAUGACAAACAACAAAACGAUUAGAGCGCAGCUGAAAUCCUUGAUCUAUUCCAAUGGAGUUUCAAAUGGAGGAAGCAAAGAAUGGGAUUUUGUAUUUAAGAAAUUCACAAACGAGAAAAACCCAACAGAGAAGGGCAAGCUGCAGAGUGCGUUGAGCGCCACACAAAAACCAUGGAUUUUGAGAAAAUGGCUGGGCUAUAGCCUCGAUUCGAGUAUCAUUCGUACCCAGGACACUGUUUACGUCAUAACAGCUGUUUCUGAAGGAAAUCCAACAGGGAAGUAUGUCGCGUGGGAUUUCGCAAGAGCUAACUGGGAGAAAUGCAUGGAAAUAAUGACAGCCAAUAACUUCCAUGUUACAAGAAUGACAUCGGGUAUAACUGCCCAGUUCACAACUGAAUUUGAGCUGCAACAAGUAAAAGAAUUCUGGAAGAAAUACCCAGAGGCUGGGGCCGGGGCUAGAGCCCGUCAGCAAGGGAUGGAGCAAAUCCAAGCCAGUAUUGAUUGGGCGAAAAGCUAUGCAGGAACAGUCGAAGCGUGGCUUAAGACGCAGGUCAAAGUCUAGGGCGUUUGAACGCAGCUGAGCGCAGAUACCACGCGGGUUUGGUACCUGAGCGCAGAUAUCACGCAUAAUGUGCUGGUAAAGAAAACAGGCAAGCUCCUAAAAACUGCAGGACACUAAGGUGUGUAGAAAUUUGUCCAUUAAUUCUAAUCUUAUCAAUAUUUUCGGUGAUUAUGAGAUUUAUAUCUAAAUUUAAUUAUGGCAGGCCAUUUGUAAUAUUUUUAUUCAGGAAAACGUUUAAUCCUUAGCUGUAAACUAAUCAAUGAAUCUGAAAAAAUUGAUUGUGGAAAAUAAGAGCAGGGAAAAUAUAUUUUGUGU